AUGUCUAUCGCCAGACCCUUGCUACACAAGUCUCUAUCAUACUCCUCCACAUCAUCAUCAUCAUCAAAGCAUAAAGACGUUAGACAAGAGCAAGAACAUCUGCGAGACACUGAGGAGAAACUUAGAAAGAUGACACAGGGCAUGAGCGAGGAGUCGCUGCAAGAACAGAUCAAGAUCACAGAGGAGAACAUGCGUCGUCAGAGAGAGGAGUUUGAGGAACAUCAGGCUGGUGAGCGCAAGACUAUACUGCUGGUUGGUAUCUGCGCUUUGCUGGGCGGCAUCGUAUUCGCACGCGACUACUGGCGCAAGCAACAGGCACAGAAGGAGUUUGACGGCGAGUGGGAGCGUCUUCGUCAGCUGGUCGAGCAACGUGACGAACUGAAGCAGAGCAAGGAGUCACUGAUUAAUGCUCUGACCCAAGCAAUAGUAGAUGGUCGCAAUCAAAGUGGCAACACAUCAUCAUCGUCCGAAGACGAGGCUACAGUCAAGAAGCGUGUCGAUUAUAUAUUGAACAGCGUGCUCAUUGACAACAAAGACCCAUCACAGUUGGUGUUGCCAUCACCAUCAUCGUCGAGUGACGCUGUUGAUGAGUCCAAAGGUAACUAUGGCACAAGACUGUAA